AUGCAGAAAACGAAGAAGAAACGGAAUGGUAAUGAAGAAGCCAUGGAUGUUGACGAAAACUCCUCUGAUGUGGAACAGAAUGGUCAAGACAACGAGGAAGCUCCACCUGCUUGCCGCAACGCCGUUAAUGGUGUAGUAGAUCAGAUUUAUGAUGAUGAAGACGGUGGUAUUCAUGUUGGAGAUAUCUAUGUACCGCCACCUUCAAAGCCAGCCCUCACGUUCGAGUCUACUGGCCCCAGACUGAUAAUAACCCACAUUGUAAACGAAAAUUUUAAAAGUUAUGCUGGAGUUCAAACUUUGGGCCCUUUUCAUAAGAGCUUCACUGCUAUCAUUGGACCAAAUGGAAGUGGUAAGAGCAAUGUCAUUGACUCCAUGCUCUUUGUAUUUGGCUACCGUGCAACCAAGAUCCGGUCUAAGAAAAUCUCUGUGCUGAUACAUUCAUCUAGCAAGUAUCCCAACAUAACAAAUGCGAGUGUUGCUGUGCACUUCUGUCAAAUAACUGAUGGGGUCUUUGCCUUCACCUUGAUACAUAAUGUAGAGCUUGUCCUCUAUCCUGUUUACAUCACCGUGAUGUACCAAAGUACAUCA